AGACCUCGGACUGCCCCCAGACUGGCCUUCACAGCGCGCGGCGCUGGGGAGGGGGCACUUUCGGAGAGAGGGCAGGGCCUUGCCUGGUCACCCCUGAGCUCUCGGGGGCAGGGUGUUUAGGACCCAGGGGCCGCCCGGGGGCGGCUCCCCGGCCGAAGAAGAUCCUGCCCACCCCCCCUCCCGCCGGCGAGCGGCUCAGAUGUCGCAGGAGCUAGCGGCGGCUCUGGCGUUCCGCACCCUCCGUCUGCGGCAGCGGGGGCUGGCAGCCCCGGCCCCUGCCCCUGCCCGUCCCCGUCCCCCAACCCCAUGCCUCAGUCCUAACGCCGACACCCUCCCCCGCGGGGGGCCUUUCCCCGUGCCCCCUGCCCGCCCCGCCCCGGUCCGGAGCCAUGAACGACCAGUACCACCGGGCGGCCAGGGACGGCUACCUGGAGCUCCUCAAGGAGGCCACCCGGAAGGAGCUGAACGCCCCCGACGAGGAUGGCAUGACUCCCACCCUCUGGGCUGCCUACCACGGCAACCUGGAGUCCCUGCGCCUCAUCGUGAGCCGGGGGGGUGACCCGGACAAGUGUGACAUCUGGGGCAACACGCCCCUGCACCUGGCAGCUUCCAAUGGUCACCUGCACUGCCUCUCCUUUCUGGUGUCCUUCGGGGCCAACAUCUGGUGCCUGGACAACGACUACCACACCCCGCUGGACAUGGCCGCCAUGAAGGGCCACAUGGAGUGCGUGCGCUACCUGGACUCCAUCGCGGCCAAGCAGAGCAGCCUCAACCCCAAGCUGGUGGGCAAGCUGAAGGACAAGGCCUUCCGCGAGGCGGAGCGGCGCAUCCGCGAGUGCGCCAAGAUGCAGCGCAAGCACCACGAGCGCAUGGAGCGGCGCUACCGGCGCGAGCUGGCCGAGCGCUCCGACACGCUCAGCUUCUCCAGCCUCACGUCCAGCACCCUGAGUGGCCGGCUGCAGCACCUGGCGCUGGGCAGCCACCUGCCCUACUCGCAGGCCACGCUGCACGGCACCAACCGGGGCAAGACCAAGAUCCAGCGGAAGCUGGAGCGGCGCAAGCAGGGCGGCGAGGGCACCUUCAAGAUAUCGGAGGACGGCCGCAAGAGCGUGCGCUCGCUCUCCGGCCUGCAGCUGGGCAGCGACGUGAUGUUCGUGCGCCAGGGCCCCUACGCCAACCCCAAGGAGUGGGGUCGCUCCCCGCUCCGGGACAUGUUCCUCUCCGACGAGGACAGCGUCUCCCGUGCCACGCUGGCGGCCGAGCCCGCCCACUCGGAGGUCAGCACAGACUCAGGCCACGACUCCCUGUUUACCCGCCCCGGCCUGGGCACCAUGGUGUUCCGCAGGAACUACCUGGGCAGCGGGCUGCACGGGCUGGGCCGCGAGGAUGCGGCGCUGGACAGCACGCCGCGGGGCCGGCUGCAGAGCUCCCCCAGCCUGGACGACGACAGCCUGGGCAGUGCCAACAGCCUGCAGGACCGCAGCUGCGGGGAGGAGCUGCCCUGGGACGAGCUGGACUUGGGCCUCGAUGAGGACCUGGAGCCCGAGACGAGCCCGCUGGAGACCUUCCUGGCCUCCCUGCACAUGGAGGACUUCGCCUCCCUCCUGCGGCACGAGAAGAUCGACCUGGAGGCGCUGAUGCUGUGCUCGGACCUCGACCUGCGGAGCAUCAGCGUCCCGCUGGGGCCGCGCAAGAAGAUCAUGGGCGCCGUGCGGCGGCGGAGGCAGGCGCUGGAGCGCCCGCCCGCGCUGGAGGACACGGAACUAUAACAGGGGGCUUCUCCCCCCAAGACCAAAAUGAAUUGCAAGUUGCCACAACCCACGGUGGGGCCACGGAGUCCUCACAGGUGCCAGCCCUGCAGCCCCCCAGGCCCCGGCCCAGGGGCGGGGACCAUGGGGUUCGUCUCCUUUGAACUCUGAAGCAAAGGGUUCGACCUGGAGGCUCCCAGAUGGGUCCUGGAGCCCUGGAGCCACGCCCAUCUGAGUGGCCCUAAAGGACUCGGGGAUUUGCAGGAGGCCAGAGGAAAGGCGGGGGUCACCGGGGCCCCGGGGCUCGACAACAGGCCCCUGAGACCUGGGUGGGAGUGUGUGUGUGUUAGGGGUGGGCACAGCCCGUCCCAGGGGCCACUGUCUGCCCCACCCUUCCUCUGAGGGUCUCGUCCUGCUCAGGUUGGACACUUUGUGAAGGGAAGAAUUUGAGCUGCCUCCCCUCCCCCCCCAUACACACCAGAGAAGAGGUCCUGGCUAGACUCUUCAGCCAAAUGCCCUGACUGGAGUCCCCAGCCCGCCCCUAGCACAGCCAGCCCCCUUCUCCUCCCCUCACUGGCCACACUGGGGCGUUGGAGUGCCAGGCUGGAGAGCGUGGGGGGGGGGGGGCGGGCAGCAGCCUUCCCAGCUCACCCUGGGGUGGGGUCUGGCCUGGCUCUGCCCUCCCUACCCUCCCGCUCCUUGGCUGGAACCCCAGAGGGUCAGGGCAAUGGACGCCAAGGUGCUAGAGUAACCGGCUGUAGUACUGUGGCCCUCAGGCCUGAGGCCAGUGGGGACUGGGUGGGCGAUCCUGUCCUGUGGACACCGGAGCGGCCUGCAGACAGGGGUUAUCAGAGCUGCCGAUGGCCCCCGGGUCCCAGGGCUCUGGGUGCCUGUGAGGGGAGCUGGGGGGCGGAUUUCCCUCAAGACCUGGGGGCGGCUGCACGUCCCGCGUGAAUAGUGUGUGAGCAAGAGCAGCACGUGCCUCUGUUGUGUGAUGGUGGUGAGUCUGGGAGAGAGACCAGCCCCAGGGGGCCCUCAUAUGCGUGUCCUCAGAGCUCUCCGGUCAGACUGAGGUCACAGAUGUGGGAGAGUUGCUCAGAAGCCCAGGCACAGGUGUGUGCACACGUGCACCCCCGUCAGUGGACCCCACCCCUGACCUUCAACUUGGGAAGCAGCUUCUGCUGGGAGCACUGCCACAGUCCCCUGCUCCUUCGUGGGCCCCCUCGGCCAGGGCAGGGGAAGGGAACCCCCGAAGAUGCCACAGGCCUCCCUUUGGGUCUCUGGGCCCAUAUGUGGGGCCCGUGCACACACGCCCAGAGCCGGGGUGGGAUGGAGGGAGGGGGGCCGUGGCCCCUGGGCCCAGCUGGAGGGCUUGGCUGCUUGCCACUGCCGCCCGAGCCCACCCCGGCCCUCCUCCCUGCUCUGGGCCUGAGCCUGGGGCCGCCCCCAAGUGCCGACUCGCCCUCCGUGGAGCCCCAGGUGCUGCCCUCUCCCUCCUGCCGCUGGCUGUGCACUGCCUCCGCCCCUCCCUGCUCUCCGAGUGCCGGGGUGGGGUGAGCUGGGUGACCCCAGCACCGUCCCCAGCCCCCCUCCCGCAGGCUCAUUACAACUUUUGUAGAGUACGUUCUGCAUCGCUGUCAUGCCUGUG